AUGUCGGGCUUGGACUACGAUGGCUAUGGGGCCAACAUCCAGUCUGUCGGCGAUCGCCUCUACGACGAGAAGUUUUACAAGGCGGCCAAGAUCCUGUACGCCUCGAUUCCGAACAACGGACGCCUAGCCUCCUGCCACGUGCAGCUCGGAGAGUACACGCAGGCGGUCGAGGCAGCGAAGAAGGCGAACAACCCCAAGACAUGGCAGGAGGUGAACCUGGCCUGCGUCAAGGCGGAACAGUUCCGCUGUCGGGAGCCCAUCCUCUCACUGUUGGCCUAUGCUUGGGACACUGGGGCUGACGCCAUGAGCACUUGGACAGCGAAUCUCCGCACAUGCAGAAGCCCUCUUGGCCUUUCCAACUAUGCCUUUUUGCAGGUGAAGCGCAACUUGCAAUGCUGUGAAGGCAUGCCUGUGUGUGUGCGCGUGCGCGUGGCUCAGGUCCAUCCAGAUCACUUGGAGGAGGUCAUCGCGCAGUACGAGAAGCCCACGGCCGAGAUAGUCGGAGCUGGCCAUGUGCUGUAA